UUUUACGUGACGUUUGCUCCAUUCGAACAUACCCAUGAGAGCAAACCUUUAACGACAGCUGUGAGUGAUCUCUUGUUGCGCGUUGCCCUGCUGAAAAUAAAAAUAAACCUAAGGUGUUCUGCGCCUAAAGCCGGCAACAAGUGAGUGAGUCAGUACAGCGCGCACGGGUGGCCGGCUCGUGUCAUGCUGCGCAUCUCUCUCCACUUGCACCGUUCUUGCGAAACAUGCUGAUUUCAACCAUUUGUCUAUGGAAAUCUGAGGCUACAUUGGAUUGAUUGAAAUGGAGGGCUCUACGACGUGGACGUCAGAUUCAACAGAGGAAGAGACUCGUUCCUCGGAGGUUCGUCCUAUCCGUCCAUCACUGGUUUUAGGUUCCACUUCUGAUCCACUCUGGAAUUGCAACCAGAAUUUUGGCAACUUUCUCAGUGGCCCUCCUUCACUGAGAUCUGACGGAACAAGCACCAUUGGUGCAGUGCGGAGGAAUUCACUUACAUCACAGUUCUACUGCAACCCAAGGGAAUGCCAAACUGAGUGCUGCCCCGGUGCAUCUGAAGCUGUAGGACACACAUCCACAUUUUCAGUGAAGCAGUCAUCUCAGUUGCCGGUCUGGCUCUGGCUCCUCCUUGCCCGAUGCCUGCGGGUGCCCCUGCCAGGCAGAAGGGCCUGCCGUUUUGUUCCCUCAAUUGGACUUCUGCUUCAGGCCUUGACGGUGCUGUCAUGCAUUGGCCUGUGCCUUGUGCACAUUGCCUAUGAAGUGCGGCUCAUCAUGGUGUCGCACGGGGAAUCCAAGACCCUCUACCGGUGUAUCAGUAUUUUUUUGGUGGUCAGCUGGUGCAUCUUUGGACUGUACGGGCGACGGCUGGCUCGCAGGCUGUUCAGCCACCCUGCAUUCCUCAAGGACAUCAGGAUGCACUCCAAGACUUUGCUGAAGAUCAAUGCGGCGGCCCUUGCCAUAAUAUUGGGAGCAGUAUUUCUGGCUGUGAAUGCAUACAGUGCACGCGCCAUGAUACAGGGCGAAACGUGUGCACUGAUUGGUUUCCCACGGGCUGUUUGCACCAUGCAUUUUGUCCUGCGUGUCAUCUACUCGGUCUUCUCAUUGAUGUGGCAUGGUCUGGUGUGCAUGGUUCUGGUGUCGGUUGCACGAACACAUACCAUAGGUAUACGAAGGUUCAUCACGGAGCUCGAAGCUGAUGCAGUAAACUAUGAAAUGUGUAAUGCCAAGCAAUAUUAUGGUUCUCCAAUGACAGCUGAAGACAUUUGUGAAGAAAGUGUUUGGAUUGAGAACAAGAUGUCUGCGAGUGGCUCUUACAUUCCGGAUGACUGCUACAGUCAGGGUUCACGCAGGCAUGUCCAGCUGCGAAGUUGCGAGGAUGGCCCACGCAUUUCAGUUCUCACUGGAGCCUAUGAUGCUGAUGUCACAAGAUCAGCAGACCUGAGUGUGGCCACCUCUCAGGCACCACGAAGCUUGUCAAUAGCUGAAAUACUUCAUGUAUACUGGAAGGUGUCGUGCCGACUGCGCUUGACUGGGCGUGCCCUGCAGCGCUGGGUGGGCAGCCUCAUAGCCCUGGUGGUGUUUUGGUGCUCGUCCCAGCUGGUCACCUGGCUGAACCACUUGCCGACCGUCUGGGAGGUGGUGCAGUUUGUCUGCCCACUGACUCUACUGCUUGUCAUCACUUCCUCCAUUGCCGAGGUCAACUUGGAAGGUUCACGCGUGCUAAAGUGCAUUCGUCCCACAGAGGAAAGACUCGCAAUGAUGAAUUUUCUUUCAAAAGCGCCCAUACAACUGAGCACAUUUGGGUUUUCAUUGAGCUAUGGCACUAUUAUGACUGUCGUUCUUGGCGUUCUCAUGGCAUUUGCUUCGAAGCUCAUAAUUGUCGAAAUUCAAGCCAACACAGGCUGAUCUUGUGUCAUAGCACUACUCAUGAAAGAUUGUGGACAGGAAGAGUGGCUCAAGAAUGAACAAUACCAGUGGCCAUGAAUCAUCCUAGAAGUUGCUGUUGGCGGGAGCUGUGCGUGAACUACUUUGGCAGCUUUCAGGCAAACAGCAUCAUGUUGACACCGUGUCAAGGAGAAUGGCGCAAUUUCCGCGGCGUGUUUUUAAUGGUUGCUCCUGCAAGCUUAAAUGAUGGAGCUUGUGAUAUAUUUCAGAGCUUUACCUAUUUACUAUUUUAGCUGUUUACUCUUGUUGUUUUGAUACAUCAACUUUUUGGUUGCCUUUGUGCUUCUGGCAGUAGAGGUCUGGCUGAAGCCUGGCUGAAGUUAUAUACAACAGAUAUGCAAAAAAGGUCGCUACUAUAUCAGACAUUCUUUGCAUAAUAUUUUCACAUUUAACAAUGUCCUGCUGUCACAGAGCAGUUGUAUGCUUGCAGACCAAAUUGAGCACAUUAAGUACAUUACACUGAUACAAAAUUCUUGCUCAUGCAUGAUGGCGUCUCCUACAUGUUGGCCACAAUGUGUGUUUUUGGAUCUUUCUAGGAGGAACUUCUUCAUUUAGUUAUUUCUGUGGGCCGUAUGAAUUGCACUGCUAUCAGUUCAUCUGUGUCACAAAUAAUUGCAUAGUGCUUGUAAAUGGAACAAAGAGGUACAGCAGACAACAGACGUUGUUGUGCGUAGUCUGCUCUACUUGUUUAUCCACUGUACCUGCACUGCACAGUUAAUCAUACCAACAAGCCCAAUCGCUGUAUUCGUAAGUGAACCUCGACUAGAAGCUCUUCAACUCUACCAAGUGGAGGGCAAUGCUGCUCCCUCGAUUGAGGACGUUUUGCUUCAAUAAUGGACCUCAGUGAUUUCUGUGGUGAGUCACUUCAGAAGUACUUCGUAGUCCCACUGCAUUUAGCAGAGCUGAGAGGACCUGUUUAUGGAAUUUUAGCUUGGGAAUCUUUGAAAAGCAUAUUAUUUAAGCGCUGUGACCGGAGCUCCUCAGUCACGUCAGUUAUGAAACGCCUCAUAGACUCAAUGUUUCAAAACUUGGGCACAGUAAUCAGCGAACAGCGUGGGGUUGCUGACUGUCGAGUCAUCUAUGGAUAACAAUGUAAACUAUGAAACAGCACUUUUUUACGAGCACAACAGCAAACUAAUGUCACAGCAGGCACUCUAAGCAAAACCAGGUUAGCUGUAUUUUCCAACAUGAGCUUUCUUCAGUCAGUUUAGCCAUUUCAAGCUUUUUAGCAAGCAGUGAGUUGCAACGAACACUGGUGGCACGUCAAUGUGAUAAAUAACCUCCCACAGAAAGGUGCCUGACAUUGUCUGGAGUUUGACAUAGACUUUUGGAGCUCGUACGCACUCUGACUGUGAUCACUUAGGACAAGUUGCUGCUGCUCUCAGCUUUGUGCAAGCUGAGGAAGACUGUCGUGUGGGCGAUCGAUUAAGAAUAUGAAGGCGAGCAUCAAGCCUACUUUCUUGAUGUCAGAAGUUCCUCAGCUUCUGUUCCUUUUAUCUUUCUUUAAAACAUUCCACUAUGCUUUAUUACUGAUUAGCGAAAUUAUUAGUCACUGAGUGAUACUAACUUCACUCCCUGCCACUAUACAGUAGAAUCUCACUGAAUGGAAACCUGAGGGGAGCAGAGAUUAUAUAUUCCGAUAAACGGGAGUUCCGUUUACAGACAAAUAUAUACAGGAGUGCAGCACCAUACUAUGUCGUGCACCCUGUUAACACUGGUGUCAGAAAUGUUGAGCAUUAAAAAGUUAAUGUAGCAGCUAGUUAAAAAAAACAGGAAACGACGAGGUGCCUGGUGCUUAAAUCUUUAUUCUGCAACAAGUAUAGUUCAACAAGUAUAGCUCGCACAAUUCAUUUAAAAGGAGAAGCUGCAUGCUAUCCAAGUCGGGAGCUAACGCCGCCUUCAACAUACGGCACGUACCCUCACGAUCGUCGCCGUUGUCAACGUCUUCACUGCUACAAAUUGUGCCAGGCACUUGCACACUUAAUAGUAGCUUCUUCUUUUGGAGAGGCAAAUACUCCUCCAGGAGAAAAGUCGUGGCUUCCAUCGUACCGCAACAACACAACUAGAGUGUACAAAACAAAACCACCCCCACCACGCCGCACGCUUACGCGGUUUGUGCAGCAUUUUCACUAGCCGCAACUGCGGACUAAGCGAUUGCAGGCUCAACGCGUUUAAAGGCUGCAAAAUUGUGCACUAUUCUAUCUUCAAAAAAUAAUAUGAAAUUAUAAUAUUUGACUAGUUUCCAUGUUGUUCUUAUGGAUACUUUGUGAGCAGGGAGCAACCUUGGGCGUCGCUGCGACGGAAGACGCAUGUGAAAGCUGCCAGCGAAAAUUGCUCUGCGACAUGCGUGACAGAACGAUUUUUUUCGCCCCAAUCGCGCCAUGUGAAACGGCCUAUAGAGUAAAAGCUUAGGAGAGACCCCUCAAUGUCGCGCGCGAACAACAACAACAACAAAAAAAAAAAUGCGGCGGAAAUUUUACCCUCUCUCAAAUGACAAGGUCGCUGAUUCUGCAUUGCGCAGGAACAUGCAUGUACGUACCGACGUCUCAGCCACGCUACCGUAGCCACGCGUAGAAAAUGGCAGUGAACCCUUCUUUCUCCUUUAUGCUUCCUCUACUUUCUAGUCACGUGUUGACCUUGCACGCUGCGGCUACGGCGCAGAGGGAAGCAGCGGCACUGUCCGAGGCCGGCCAAUUAAACUGCCCAUGCCGGCAAACGCCCGCUUCCCGAUAACGGCAGAAAACGAAACUUCGGGGAGCUGGCGCCGGGCUGGCUGGAGCGGCGGCAGGCGCGCGCGGUGACAGCCGAAAGUGAGGGAGCUACGAGGGAGGGCGAGGGGAGCGACCGAAGCGGCGGAGUUGUCGAGGCAAAAUCCGCUUCCCUGCCGCCCUCCUCCCUCACAUUCCACGGUCUCCGCGUGCGCCCUUCGCAGUGCCGUGUCGGCGCCGCCCGCUGCCUGAAGUUUCGUUUACUGCCGUUAUCGUUUACUGCCGUUAUCGUGAAGCGAGCGUUGGCCGGCGUUGGCAGUAUCGUGGUCCUCGCUCGCUAUGCGCGCCGUGAUAUUUCACGACUCGCACUCAAUAUUCUGGUUUUAGCCUCACUGGCUGUUCGUUUGCACCACGUGCCCUUCUCCUCCACUUCGUCUCUCUUUCUUGCUCGAGCACUCCUUGGGGCGCCCGUUUGAGGGGAGCGUUCGCCGGCUCUGCUGACUUCCGUAUUCCCAGGCAGCGGCACUGUAACCGGUAUUUCGUUUCCAGCAACUGCACUAUAAGCGAUACGUGUAUACAUGGAGUGCUAUGGGAAAAUUAACGGGAGUUUGAAAAGACCGCACUAUAUCCGGUCCUGCACUAUAAGCGGUUACGUUAUAAGUGUUCUAUACUGUAUUUGGACUCAGCAGGGACCCUGCAAGUCCAAAUAAAUGUAUUUACUAGAAAUGAAGUGACUUAAUAGAACAAGAAAAAAGGUUUCUAAGCGCAUUGCCGCACGCACGUAUUCUUUCAUGUGAUGUGGUCCGUGUCUACACUUCGAUCAUCGCCGUGCUGUCACUACAGAUAGACGAAAGCACGGUUAAUGCAUGCACCAAACCUGCAUCCUCCAGUCAACUUUUAACAGAGGUUGGCUGCACUUCGAUAGCCGAAUAGUAGCGGCUUUUUUCACACCAGUCUUUUUCCGGCACUUCCCUCACUUCAUUUCUACCUUCGUUGGCGCAAGCAUCGAGGGUGGUAUUGGUGCUAUUUGAAGCUGCUCGAUUCUGAGCGACAAAAAUUCACAACAGCAAUUCAACAGCCUGUGACUGCUUUAGUAUUUAUCACGUAAAGGAAAGCUCUGGGUGCCCAGCACAUGCCAUGUGUCCAGCAAGAAUGACUUUCUUCACAGAAGAUAGGCGUUGCAAAAAAAAAAAAAAAUAUUAUUAGAGGUUCAUUCUGUAGCUUCGUUUAUAGGGAGUUGCAAAUAUUUUGGUUUCAAUUAAGGCAAGCUUGUUUUACAUUGUUCAAAUACAAAACCAACCGAGAGCUUAUUGUUCAGCUGAAUCAGCAAUUUCGUUUAAGCAAUUUCUGUUUACUGAGAUUCUACUGUAGUGGUAAAAAACAUCUGCAUGCACAUUUCAUGUGAGCACUGAAAUGUUCUUUUUCCUGGAUCUUUGUGUACUACUUGAAUGUCACUCAUUGUAAACAUUGUUGACGCACGUGUUUCGCUAUUCACUCAUUCACGUUUCACUUGUCCAAGACAGUACACUUGCCACUCGCAUAAUGUUCAGACAUGAUCUGCAAUGCUCAGGAUAAGGCAGCAAAUCACUCGACCACAUAAAUUUUUGUUUGUGGUACAGUGAUACCUACUAAAUGCAAACGAAUCCACCAUGUGUAUUUUCCUGUGCUUCCAUUUGUUCCUAAUGCCAUGAUGGUUCCACUGUAUAUUCUAUAAAGGGCAUUAUUUUGAUAUGUUGUAUACAAAAAUAAAAUAUACAAGACAA